AUGGAGGGCCCCGCGAACCCCCCGGGCGCCCCCGCGCAGCUCGUGGCCCCCGGAGCGGGCGGCGUGCUCGGCAUGCCGGGGGCCGGGGCGCCGAAGAGCGACCUCGAGCGGCAGCUCGCGCACCUCGCGAUGGGGAGCGCGCUGAUGGGUCCGAUGUGGCAGCUGCUGGCGAGCGGCGACCGAGACAAGCUUGGCAAGGCGGCGGCAGUGGUGAGCGGGGGGCUGCUGCAGGGCCCGGCGCCGGGGCCGGAGGGGGACAGCGGGAACGGGCCGGAACGGAAGGUGGCGGGGCAGGAGGCGAUGGAGGGGCCGGGGGACGUGGAGGGGCGUGCGCAGCAGGUGGUGACGCCGCCGCCGGCGGGCGGCGCUGCCGGGUUCGCGCAGGCGAUGAUGCGGAGCAUCCUGGGGGACUCGUCGAACACGGAGACGGACCACGCCGAGGGCGCGGGCGCGGGGGAGCCCGCGGCCGGGAAGACCCCCGGGGAGAGUCCCGUGGCAACACCCCCCCCUCCCGGCGCGACGUCGACGCCGCCGGCGCCGACGCUGCCCGGCACGGCGCCGGCGAGCGCGAUCCCGGGCGGCACGCUCGCCGUCGCCGCCCUCGGCGGCCUCCCGCAGUCCUCGUCGUGGUACAACCUCGCGUCAGGCGCACUCCCCCCCGGGAUGCACCGGUCCUCGAGCCUGAAGAGCCUCCAGCAGUCCUCGUCCGUCAUGUCGCUCGGACAGCUCAUGGCGUCGAUGGCGGACCAGGAGGCCGGUUCCAGCGCGAUGGCGGCGGCGGUGGCCGCGGCGGGCGGGAACAGCGAGCAGGUCGGCCUCACGCCCGCCGCGGCCAUGGCCGCGGCCGCCGCCGCGGCGACCGAGGGCUCUCCGUCGACGAGCGCCGCCGCCGUCGCGACGCCGCCCUCCGGCGCCGGCCGGCGAGCUCACGUCGGGAUGCGCCGCAGUGGUUCGAAAACGUCGCUGCACCGGCUGUCGCGCGCCACGGGCGUGCGCGGCGGCGUACCGAACGCGGCCACGCCCGGCGCGGACGACGAGGGCGCGCCGAACCCCGCGCAGGCCGCUGCGGGCGCCGCGCCAACAGGCGGCAACGUGGUGGGCGGCACGUCGCCGGGAGAGGCCGCGGAGAGCAACGCGGCGGCGCUGGAGCGCGUGGAGGCGAACGGCGACGCGAAGGUCAAGGAGGAGGACGUGCAGGGGGACGGCAACAAGAGCGGCGGAGAGGAUGCCGCAGCCGGAUGCUCGCCUGCCGAGAAGCCCAUGCAGGCGCACGGCGCGGUGCCGGUCCUGAUGGCGGGCACGGGCGCGAACGGGACGUGA